AAUGCGACGAGAUGAGAGCUAACGUUUGCUACCUUCCAAACACCCGCAGCGCUUCCGCCUUCUUAUUCGCCUCCACGGUCUUGUCCAGCCGGUGAAGUUGUCGCCGUCCCCGUUUCGCAGAAGGGCGCUCGACUGCGACAGAGCCUUCGGACUCCGCAGUGCAAAAAUGGAUCAAUCCGUGAAGCCAGGAAUGGAUUGAAGGUGCGGAAAGCUAGCGUUAGCCGGCUAGCCAUGGAGGGAGACAGGGGAGCUUGUGACUUUGCCUUGUCAGAUUCAAUUCCGUAAAAUGACUUGAUAUUAGACGCUCACCACCCAAAACUAUUCGGCCCACGCACAUAAUAUUCGUGUUAACGUGCGCCAGUGCUAUGCUGCGCAUACGCCCUGAAUAUGUCAGCUGUCCUGCACAUACCGCAGACACACACUUAGCUGUCAUUACAUAGAUCUACUCUGAAGCAAGGGGUUUUCAGGUUGAAGCAAAAACACAAUAUUCCCUAAUACACUAAAUACAUCCUGAACAUGCAAAUGCAUUCACACUGAAAACCAGAUUUAAAUUUGCCAUUUUUAUCCGGUCCCUCAAAGAUUUGGCUUAAAGUUGCUUAAGUUGCAGAAAACCCCUGCAGCCCCAGUGUUGUCCGACUAGUAGGUGGUCCCUGCUCCACUUGCAUGGGAAGCAGCGCCGGCCGUAGCAGGACUGUCCUAGGUCAACGAUGGGGGGGUCGGUGUCUUGCUGCAUCUCUCCCGGUGAGAGUCCCAAGAUCCACAGGAGAGAGGUGGAGCUCGAGGAGUGUCCCAUCACCACCACCGAGGACGUGAGCGAGGACACCGGGACGUACCUGCAGCACAUCAGCGACAGGGAGCUCCCUGAUGAACUGGCCCAAGAGGCCAACCCGUCCGACCACCCCAGAGCCAGCACCCUCUUCCUCAACAAGUCGCAGACAGAUGUGCGUGAGAAAAGGAAAAGCAACUACAUGAAUCAUACAUCCCCAGGGCUCCUGACAAAAAAGUUCAGUUCCUGUUCAACGAUAUUCAUCGAUGAUAGCACAGUCAGCCAACCCAACCUCAAGAGCACCAUCAAAUGCGUUGCCUUGGCAAUAUACUAUCACAUAAAAAACAGAGAUUCAAACCGUUCGUUGGACAUAUUCGAUGAGAAGAAGCACCCUCUGACGCGAGAAAAGGUUCCAGAUGACUACUCCGUGGUAGACCCCGAGCACAAACUCAUCUACCGCUUCAUAAGAACACUAUUCAGCUCCGCGCAGCUGACUGCCGAGUGCGCCAUCGUCACUUUGGUAUACCUGGAAAGGCUGUUGACAUACGCCGAGAUGGACAUUUGUCCCUGCAACUGGAAGCGCAUCGUUCUCGGCGCCAUCCUGCUGGCCUCCAAAGUCUGGGACGACCAGGCUGUGUGGAACGUCGACUACUGUCAGAUCCUCAAAGACAUCACUGUGGAGGACAUGAAUGAGAUGGAGCGUCACUUCCUGGAGCUGCUCCAGUUCAACAUCAACGUCCCUGCCAGCGUCUACGCCAAGUAUUACUUUGACCUGCGCUCACUGGCUGACGACAACAACCUCAAUUUCCCUCUGGAGCCGCUCAGCAACAAGCGGGCCCAAAAACUGGAGGCCAUCUCCAGGCUGUGUGAGGACAAGUACAAGGACCUGAGUAAAUCUGCUAUGAAGAGGUCUGUCAGCGCCGACAACCUCAUCGGCGUCAAGAACUCCCAGGCCGUGCUGUCUUAAGCUCCGCCAUCGUCAAUCAGCCGAGGAGGAGGAGGAGGAGGCCACGUUUGUCGAGGAGGGACAUAGAUUACGUUAAGAUCAGCUACUGAAAAGUUUUAGUACAAAAUGCUGAAUGUCCAUUUUGGAGAGGAAAAACAACAAAAAAAAAAUGGAUGUUUACCGUACAAUGUCACUUAAAAUAUAAUGAAUCCAGUCUGUAUGUGUUCAUUACAAGGAGCUUCAGCUUUUUGCCUUUUAAGCAUGGUAUUAAGGUGAAAUAUUCUGCAGACUGUCACUUUUUUUUUUUUUAAAUGGUGGAUGUCUACAACUGGAAGGAAUCAGCAUGAAAACGCUUCCUGAAGUCACACAGACUGAGGACCUAGUCUUAUUUGGGGGGUGAGCAAUAUCUCUCCGUCAACCACAUCCCCAGUCCCGUAUUCAAAUGAAACUACCCUGUGGUGUAGUUCUGCACAUGGACACAGAGUAGACAACGUUUUUUGCUUACUAUGUAGGCCCCUAUAGCUGUGAAAUGUACAAGACUUUAUUUAAUUCAAAUAAAUUUCACUCGCUGUUUAAAGUUGAGGCUGCUUAGGUGGGAAA